CUGCCGGUGAUCACUGUCUAAAGUCAAAUAACCAAGCAGAAGACCUGCCCAGGUUUUGCAAGAGAAAGUUUCCUGGCCCUGCGGGCAUUUUACCUCCUUAUAGAGUUUUGUUACUCCUUACAACACAAACAGCCCCUGUGUUGUAUGCUUUAAAAAGUGGAUCCCUGUGCAAAAGAUGGUUUAAUCCUCUUCAUCCUUCACAACUGUCAUGGUCCCAAGCUGCAUCAGAUGAUGUUUUCAAGUCCCCACAGUGGAAGGCGUUAAUGUCAGACUUAGGACAAGAUUCUGAAUCACUGAUUGCUAAGUUUUCUAUCAAAUCUGCAUUAUUGAAGGCCAGUAGAAAACUGCUGCACAGAGGCAAAAUACCAUUGAUCAUUGGAGUGAUAGACGCUAUGGAAAUGCAAGGGUCUGAUGCCAGUAUUAUAAUUCGAGACCCCUCAGGUAAAAUGAAUGGGGCCUUGCAUCGUGAUCUGUUUAAAGACCAAUCAACAACUCUACAAAUAGGUUCUGUUCUUGUUCUUCGACAGGUGAGUGUCAUUAGUCCAUCACCUCGCACGCACUACUUAAACAUCACACCUGGAAAUGUGGCCUUGACUUACUCAGCUAACAAAGAGGCCGCAGUUUCCAAGCAAUUUACAAGUGGCUUUGAAAUCAAACCCAGUAUUUCUGAGACACAGUUUCUUUCUCAGAUUAUUAAAACUUCAGAACAAGAGCUGUCUGAUGCUGCGAAAAAUUGCCACCAAGGAAGUCGAACUCAUGCUUUAGAAAAUUUGAGCAAUGGAUUCAACAUAAAAUACUUGUCUCCGGUAAUGCCCCGAGAUCCUUUGUUGUUAAAAAGAAAUCAGAUGAAUGUCACACCUGCAGGCCGUAGCAGUUCUUUAUUUAACUGUAGUCCACAGUCGCUGACAACUGUAACAUGUGGAAGAGUUGUAACACCACCAAAUUCUGUAAAAAUGACAGAGACAGGGAGUGUAAACUAUCGGAAUCAAACAGUGUCAUAUCCUACACACAUUUUCAGAAAUAGGUUUCCUCUACAAAAUGGCACACCUAUGCAAAAUCAUUGUAUUUCUCAUGCAGACAGAAUUUCACCUCCAGCUUUACAACACCGCAAGUCAGAAUUUAUCAAUCCAAACAUUGCAUCAUCAGCAUGUGGGCUUCCAGGGAAGUUUGUUGGCAGAUCUCAGUUUUCAUCCUGUCAAAAUCUCAGCAAAGAUACAAGUCAUGAUACAGCCUCUCAUAUUAUAAGUGGGAGCAAUGAAAUGCCCAUGAGGAUGAUGAGAUAUUUAAGUGACGAAAUGCUGCUGUCUCAGUUGUCUGAUGAGUUUUGA